UUUAUGAUAAUAAUUUAUUUGUUUUUUAUAGGUAGCUCAAUAAAAAAUGGAUAAAAAAAUAGAUGAUGAGGAAAUAACUAGUGAUGAAGAUGAUGAUGAGGAAAUAGAGCUUGGAAAGAAAAAAAGAGAACCGUACUUUGAUAAAGAGACAAUGGAGAUGUUGUUAUCACAAAUCACUACUAAACUAGAAUGGAUUAAUCACUUGAAUGUUGUUACAGAUGUAAGCCAGCUCGAAGUACCUGGUAUAAGUAAAGAUGCAGCAAAAGACGGUGUUUCUACUGAGAUUGAAGAUGAUUUUAAGCGUGAAAUGCUUUUCUAUUGCCAAGCUCAACAUGCCGCCAAAGAAGCAUUAGAAAAACUUCGAAACAUGGGUGUACCUACAGAAAGACCUGAAGACUAUUUUGCAGAAAUGGUUAAAUCUGAUACACACAUGCAAAAGAUACGACAAAAACUUGUUGCAAGAAAAGAGAGUAUGGAGAAAUCUGAGAAAGCCAAGAAACAGAGACAGUUUAAAAAGAUUGGAAAAAAAAUACAACAAGAAGUUUUACAAAAACGCCAACAAGAAAAAAAGAAAAUGCUAAAUGCUGUAGAUCAGUUUAAAAAAGGAAAAAAGAAAAGAGAAAAUGAUAACAAUGAAGAUAUAUUUGAUGUCUCCGCCACCAAAGGAAAACAACAAGAAUUAAGUAUACGUGGCUUGAAACGAAAACAUAAAGACGAAAAGUUUGGAUUUGGUGGAAAGAAACGAAAGAUUAGAAAAAAUGAUGCAGAAAGUUCUCAAGACAUGAGUUCAUAUAAACGUCAUAUUCAUGGAAAACCAAGAGGUGGAAAUCAAAAUGGAAAUAAAAAAGGAAGCAAAGGAAAGCGACUCGGGAAAUCAAGGCGAAUGAAACAAGGUUUUGGAAAGAAAAAAAAGAACUGAAACAUUUGAUUUAAUAUUUAAAAACCAGAUAGAUACAAUUAA